AAUACAUCACUGAUACUCGAGUCGAGUGUUGUUUCUUUGACCUUGAUCACGUGACAAACCAAACCCCGUUUUCUUUCGAACCCAACCCUUUUCCUCCGAUCACCGGUUAAAUGGUUCCGGCCGCCGGUGACCGGCAUCAACACCACUCGGAUUCCGGCGAUACCUAAUCCUAACUCAUUCCAGAUUCAUGGAUCCUCCAGAUUCUCACUCCCACUCCCAGGAACAAGAACCGCCCAAGAAGAACGGCGUCGUUUCUGUCGUAGUGCGAUGGGUUAUUGCGAUUCUGUUCCCCUUCCUCUUGUUUCUCACGAUUCCCUUUCUGGUUGGUUUGCUGGUUCUCAUGCUCACUGAUUUCUCUAUCCCCAACCCCAUUUCUCUCCCAUCACAGUGCAAAAUCGUUUCCACUGGUGUUGAUAUCAGGUCAUCUAAGAUUUGUGAACUUGGAUUGUUAAAUUAUAAAGCGAAGGAUGUGUUUCAUCAUUUUGAAAGAAACAAAUUUCGCUGUCGCUAUGAUUACUAUUGGGCUUCAGUAUUCAAGGUGGAAUAUAAAGAUCACUUUUCAGGACAGACACAAGUUGCACUUGCUGAGACUCCAAAUGAGGCCCUUCCUCUUUAUUGCAGGCCUAAUUUUGGUGCUGCAUGGUUGACACAAUAUAAAUUUAAGGUCAACGAGACUUAUGAUUGCUGGUACACAUCUGGCAUUUCCAAAGUUCGAUUACAUCAAGAUAAUCUUUUUGGUUGUGAUGCCCAUGAGCAGUCUACUCUUGAGAAGAGUAGACAGUAUUCUACCCUGGCAAUGGAGAUGGUAAUUUCCUGGUUUUCCGGUAGAGGAAGGACCAAGUAUUGGAGGUGGGAAACUUUGGCUGGAGUUAUAACUGGGUUCUUAACUUCAUUCAUCUCUAUUACCUUUAUUAGGUUCCUACAACUACUGCUAUCUUCAAUAUAUAAGUCUUUUACAACAUCGAUAUUUCCUUGUCGUUUCAAUGCUGUUCUCAUCAGGCGUGCUUGUUUUCUUUUGGCAUACCUAUCUUUUGUGGCAUGGUUAGCUAUAGAAUAUGGGAAGAGGCUUGGUCUCGUGGAUAUAUUCAGAUUCCCUAAAUCAUAGCACUGGUUUUUGUGAAGAGCAGUCCUUUUCGCUGAAUCCCCAUGUAAUUUUAUAACCGCAGCAGGUGACAUUCUUGUUAUGAUAAAUGAGGGUCGGUUCCGUGUAAGGAAGUCAUUUAUAGUUGAGGGGGUAUUUAAACUCAUAGUUUACAUUAAAUGGGCUCGGUUAGUAUUAAAGCAAAAAUGUUAAAUAGAAAGUUUGGAAAUAGUGAUUCAGAUAGUUGUCUUAUUACAUAUGUCCACGUAAGUAUCUGUUUGAAGUGCUAGUGUGAAUCACUUACGCACUUGAAUGUUGUAAAAGUUAUAUGGUAGCAUUUAGUUUGCUGGAAUGGUUUUACAAUGUGUUCGGUAACAUGCUUGUUACCAGUGAAUGUGGAUCUAGCAGAAGUUACAAAGAAUAAUUUCCGUAUCUUCCUGUUCUGUACGUGGAAAUGGGAAAACAUACCCAUUUCAAACUUGAUGCAAACAAGCACUUAGUGGACAUGAGAAUGAAAUGAAAUUACCCUUUAUUUUUUCAUGUUU